CAGGGCAGCACGGAAGGUCACCAACCACCACUUGCUCUCCAACAGUAGAAAAUAACGUAGACUAGAACUUCUUCCUCUGAACUGUGAGCAGUGAUAGCCACUAGUUACCUUCCUCUCUUAUGUCUACUUUAGACCUCUGGUUGAUUGAAGAAAACUGUGAACUUUGGGAAAUUUGACAAUUGACGUCAAGGGGGGUAUGGUGUCAAAAUCAAUGCUUGUGUUUGUGCCCAUGCCAACUUUCUUCUUCCCUUAAAUCCCACGAGCUGGUUUUACAUCUUUUAAUGUAAAAAAGUUGCAAAAGCUAAUUGAUUUAUAGAGUGAGUGAAGUGAGUACCGAGAAAGAAACAAUGGUCAAAAGCCAAAAAGUAUUAUCUUUUCUUAGCCGUAUUUGUGGUUUUUAAUGCAAAAGCAUUUUCAGUCCUCUGCUAAGUUUCAGGCUGUUUUUAGCAGCAAAAUGAUCACUUUCUGCUUUGUGGGUAGUUCCUUGAAGUCCUAGUAGUCUUAAACAAGCAAGAAGACAAGUUUUAGAGCGUAAUCACGGGUCUAUGAGAACCCACUUGUUCUUUCUUUCCUCACAAUUGUUUAUCUGUUUCAUCUUCCUCAGAACCCUCCUGAUGUUCCCUUGUUUUUUCUUUUAGAGCCUAAUUGGUGAAGGCCGCUACUUUGUUCCAUUUUCUGCUGUCCUUGUUUCAAAGAAAUUUUUUCUUUUGGUUUUCUGUUCAGUUAUGAACAAAUUUUCUGUGAUAAUAUUUUCUCAGUGAUGGGAUUUCAAGGCAGUGGAGAAAGUAAAAUGUUGGGAUCGAGAGUGACAUCAUCAAGACACAAGCGUUUAAAGAGCUUUCCUGAUAAGAAAAGCGUUGAGGAAGAUGUCUUGGAUAGUUCACUUGAAGCAUCAAAUCGUAUAAAGCUGGACAUGAGGGACAUGAAGGACUCUGUCAAAUCCCAGAAGAACCAAUUUCCCACUCCUAGCACUGAGGUCCAAAACUCUUUGAAGCAAGAGAUUUUAGGGCUUGAGAAGAGAUUACAAGAUCAAUUUGAGGUUCGCCAUGCAUUAGAAACAGCAUUGGGCUAUAAAACUUACUCUCAUGAUGAUACAAAUGAAUCAUCAGUGUCCAUAUCUAAGCCAGCUACGGAGUUAAUCAAGGAAAUUGCUGUGUUAGAGUUGGAAGUUGUAUAUUUGGAACAGUACCUUCUCUCAUUGUAUAGGAAAGCCUUUGAUCAACAAGUGUCUUAUAUAUCACCAUCUAAAAGGGAUGAAAGGUUAAAAUCACGAGUAUAUACCUCUAGAGGGAAAUUUUUGGAAGUUUCCAGACCUGACAAUGUGUCAAAAGUUGAAAAUUCUGUUGUACAUUCUGGUUAUCGUGACAAUUCAUGGAAGGAGCCUAGUGGCAUUGGAGAAGAAAAACUAUUAUAUUCUGGUGUUCAUCGCUGUCAUUCCUCACUAUCACAGCAUUCAAUGUUUUCAAAUAGGACUUCUCCUCCGGAUGAGACUUUGGCUAAAGCUGUACGUGCCUGCCAUUCACAACCUUUGUCUAUGAUGGAGUAUGCUCAGAAUGCAUCAAAUAUAAUCAGUCUGGCUGAGCAUCUUGGCACUCGCAUUUCUGAUCAUUUUCCAGAGACACCAAACAAGCUUUCUGAGGAUAUGAUCAAGUGCAUGUCUGCUAUAUAUUGCAAGCUUGCAGACCCACCUUUGAUCCAAAACGGAUUUUUAUCUCCCAAUUCGUCCAUGUCAUCAGCCAGUGGUUUUUCUCCACAAGAUCAGCAUGACAUGUGGAGUCCAGGGUUCAGAAAUAAUUCAUCUUUUGAUGUACGGUUAGAUAACCCUUUCCAUGAGGAAGGACUUAAGGAGUUUAGUGGACCAUAUAGCACAAUGUUUGAAGUGCUAUGGAUUUUCAGAGAUAGUCAGAAACUGGGUGAUGUGGAACACUUGCUACAAAAUUUCAGGUCACUUAUAUGUCGACUGGAAAAAGUUGAUCCUAGGAAGUUGAAACAAGAAGAGAAGCUGGCAUUCUGGAUAAACAUACACAAUUCAUUAGUGAUGCAUGCAUUUUUGGCUUAUGGUAUUCCUCAAAAUAAUGUGAAGAGACUCUUACAACUGUUGAGGGCUGCAUAUAAAAUUGGGGGUUACACCAUCAGUGCAGAUACAAUACAGAGUUCCAUCCUUGGAUGUCGCAUGUCUCGCCCUGGAAAGUGGCUUUGGUUAUUACUUUCUUCAAGGGCAAAAUUUAAAACUGGAGAUGAAAGGCAGGCUUAUGCGAUUGAACAUCCAGAACCUCUUUUACACUUUGCACUUUGUUCAGGAAACCAUUCUGAUCCUGCGGUCCGUGCCUACACACCAAAGAGAGUAUUUCAAGAGCUGGAAACUGCAAAAGAAGAUUACAUCCGGGCUAUGUUUGGCAUCCGCAAAGACCGGAAAAUUCUAUUACCAAAGAUUGUUGAAUCAUUUGCAAAGGACUCAAGUUUGUGUCCGGCUGGUAUCAUCGAAACGAUCCAACAAUCUUUGCCUGAUUCACUUCGUAGGAGUAUUAGAAAAUGUCAGGUAGGAAAAUCCGGUAAGAGCAUUGAAUGGAUACCUCACAAUUUUACCUUUAGGUAUCUAAUAUCUAAAGAAUUAGUAAGAUGAUUGCCUGUAUGCAUC